CCCAAUCUAGAACGGAUAACCACUCUUCGGAUUCAAUAGCAAUGUCAUUUACAAAGCUUAAGCUUAUUAUCACCCUCGUGUUCAUUCAAGCCCUCAUGAUCACAUCACACGCCUCAAUCAAAGCUGCCCCAUCAAAUUCAGAUAUAUUUAGAGAAUACAUAGGAGCUGAAUUCAACAAUGUCAAGUUCUCCGAUGUCCCCAUUAAUCCAAAUGUUGAAGUCCACUUCCUUCUCGCCUUCGCCAUCGACUAUGACACUUCCGGUUCUUCACCCACAAAUGGAAACUUCAAUGUCUUUUGGGACACUGACAACCUCGGCGCCUCACAAGUUUCGGAUAUCAAGAAUGCACAUUCAAACGUGAAGGUUGGUUUAAGCUUAGGAGGGGACAGUGUCAAUAGCGGCCCUGCCUAUUUCAACCCUUCUUCAGUUGAUUCAUGGGUUUCUAAUGCUGUUUCUUCACUCACAAGUAUCAUCCAGCAGUACAAUCUUGAUGGGAUUGACAUUGAUUACGAGCAUUUUCAAUCCGAUCCCGAUACUUUCUCCGAGUGCAUUGGAAGGCUUAUAAAAACCCUCAAGGACAAUGGUGUGAUCAAGUUUGCUUCAAUUGCUCCUUUUGAUGACGAUGACGUUCAGAGUCACUACCUGGCUUUGUGGAAGAACUACGGCCAACUGAUAGACUAUGUGAAUUUCCAAUUCUAUGCCUAUGAUCAAAGCACCACAGUGUCUCAGUUUAUAGAUUAUUUCAAGACUCAAAGCUCAAACUACAAUGGCGGGAAGGUCCUAGCGAGCUUCAGCACCGACGGGAGUGGUGGAUUGUCCCCUGAAAAUGGAUUCUUUACUGCCUGCCAUAGGCUCCGGAGUGAACAAAACCUUAAUGGUAUCUUCGUCUGGUCUGCUGAUGAUUCCAAGAAAAAUGGUUUUCGUUAUGAAAAGCAAUCCCAGGCCCUUCUGGCAAUUCCUCAUUAGAAAAUGUACACACCAAUUUCCAUGCUUGCUUCCUCAUGUAUAUGUUCAGUCUGUUGAUUUCAUUUCCAGGCUACGGUAUUGUAUCAGUUAUUUCCUAUAUGAAAAAUAAUAGUUUAA